GGCGGGCGUAGCUGGGAGGGCUCCUCGGCGGCGGCGGCGGAGUCGCGCUGCCCGCCCGGAGCCCAGCCCGGAGCCGAGGCCGCUCCCGCCCGGGCUGCGCGGUCCGACGAGGAGCCUGAGGCCGGCCGGCCGGCCGGGGGCACUUGCUGGGCCUCCACUGCGGGCGGGAGGGGCAGCCGAGCCCCGGCCCAGCCCAGCCCCGGGGAGCGGCGCCAGUAUCAGCUCCAUGUGAUUGGAAGUACCAAAUAAGUUGAGCUUCCCCACAUCAAUGUACUGCCAAUGGUAUUUGAGGUCAUGUUGGUGGAGAACAAGCCCCUGGUCUGUUACCUGAGUCACAGUCAUGGACUUGCUAGUGGUGCUAGCUGCAGCUCCGCUCAGCUAGGAUGUAUAGAAGGAAAUUAUCAUCUCAAUAGGACAGCCUUGGAAAUAAGUUUCAAAAAACUGCCAGCUGUUCCAAUUUGUAGUAGCCUGCACAGCUUUAAGGUGGUGUAAAACCAAAGUUUGUACUGCUACCACAUCAGAGAUUUAUGGGACUUUGAGGGAGAAGUUCUGGGUUAUAUCCUGUGUUGUGACCUCAUGGUUUAAGUGGGAAUAAAGAUGAGUAUAAGCAGUGAUGAGGUCAACUUCUUGGUAUAUAGAUACUUGCAAGAGUCAGGGUUUUCUCAUUCAGCAUUUACCUUUGGUAUAGAAAGCCAUAUCAGCCAGUCUAAUAUCAAUGGUGCCCUGGUUCCACCUGCUGCUCUGAUUUCUAUCAUCCAGAAAGGCCUGCAGUAUGUAGAGGCAGAAGUCAGUAUUAAUGAGGAUGGUACCUUGUUUGAUGGACGACCUAUCGAGUCUUUGUCACUGAUCGAUGCUGUGAUGCCUGACGUGGUACAAACCAGACAGCAAGCGUACAGAGACAAACUUGCCCAGCAACAGGCUGCCGCCGCUGCCGCUGCCGCCGCCGCCACAGCCAAUCAGCAGGGCUCCGCGAAAAACGGAGAGAGUACUGCAAAUGGGGAAGAGAAUGGAGCCCACAGCAUAGCAAAUAACCAUACAGAUAUGAUGGAGGUGGAUGGAGAUGUUGAAAUCCCCCCAAACAAAGCUGUGGUAUUACGAGGUCAUGAGUCAGAAGUAUUCAUCUGCGCCUGGAAUCCUGUUAGUGACCUUCUAGCCUCAGGAUCUGGUGACUCAACAGCAAGAAUAUGGAAUCUGAGUGAGAACAGCACAAGUGGCUCGACCCAGUUAGUCCUCCGCCAUUGUAUAAGGGAAGGUGGGCAGGACGUGCCCAGCAACAAAGAUGUGACCUCCCUCGACUGGAAUAGUGAAGGCACACUUCUCGCCACUGGGUCAUAUGAUGGAUUUGCCAGAAUAUGGACUAAAGAUGGUAAUCUUGCUAGCACCUUGGGGCAACAUAAAGGUCCUAUUUUCGCAUUAAAAUGGAACAAGAAAGGAAAUUUCAUCCUGAGUGCAGGAGUGGACAAGACCACAAUUAUCUGGGAUGCACAUACUGGUGAAGCCAAGCAGCAGUUCCCCUUUCAUUCAGCGCCGGCACUGGACGUGGACUGGCAGAGCAACAACACUUUUGCCUCCUGCAGCACCGACAUGUGCAUCCAUGUCUGCAAAUUAGGACAAGAUAGGCCGAUUAAAACAUUCCAGGGACACACAAAUGAAGUAAAUGCUAUCAAAUGGGACCCAACUGGUAACCUUCUGGCCUCCUGUUCUGAUGACAUGACUUUAAAGAUAUGGAGUAUGAAACAAGAGAGUUGUGUCCAUGAUUUGCAAGCACAUAAUAAAGAAAUUUAUACUAUCAAAUGGAGUCCAACAGGACCAGGAACAAACAAUCCAAAUGCCAACCUCAUGCUAGCCAGUGCAUCCUUUGAUUCUACUGUUCGGUUAUGGGAUGUGGACCGGGGCAUCUGCAUCCACACUUUGACAAAACACCAAGAGCCUGUCUACAGUGUGGCUUUCAGUCCUGAUGGCAGGUACCUGGCGAGCGGCUCCUUUGACAAAUGUGUGCACAUCUGGAACACUCAGACGGGCGCCCUAGUUCAUAGCUAUAGGGGAACAGGUGGAAUCUUUGAGGUUUGCUGGAAUGCAGCGGGAGACAAGGUUGGAGCCAGUGCGUCAGAUGGUUCAGUUUGUGUACUAGACCUACGGAAAUAGUGCUACUAGUUGGAAGCCAUGGACCGACUAUGAAUGUGUACAUAGCCAAAAUGACUGUCCCUGACCCACGUACUGCUCUAGUCCCACUGGAACCAUGGCCAGUCCACUGCAGCCAAACCGAAAAGAAAUCUCCACUUACACUGUAUAGAAACAAAGCAAAAUUACACCCUGAAGAGGAUGACAGAGUUUUGUCCCAGCUUGUGAAUCCUGUUCACCAAGUGCUGGCAUCGUAUCUGCUGUGCCCCCAAAUAGCAUUUAGAGGCUUGGGAUAUGAGAAGCCGAAGAGGAAAGGACUGAGACUAAACAAAAGUAGACCUUAAGUGCACCCAGUCAGGAGACAGACGGCAGCCUUCCCUCUCCCUCCCCUCUCCCUUCCCCCCCUCCCCCUUCUAAUCAGUAUGAUGGAUCGUAUGCUUUUUUUCCUUUAAUUUCCCCCAAUAGUUGAGCAGUUUAUGUGUACAGAGAAAAUGGACGUAUGUAAACACGCAGCCAUGGGGUGUUUCUUGCUUUUCAGACUUUUUUGUUUGUUUGUUUAUUUGUUUGUUUUUCCAGAUGCAGGAAGUAAGGGAGUAAAUCUGUUUCUUGUUUUUAUUUUUUCACCUUUUAGACAUAAAAAAAAUCUUUUAAAAAAUCUUUUAAUGCAUUCUUCUGAAGAGGCCAAGUGAUAUUUGGUCCAUUCUGUGGCUCUCAGAGCACAUUUUCCAUUGGUUGUGUGUUGGGGUGAGGGGUGAUUUUAGAAAAAAUAUAUCUCAAAUGUGACAUCGGUCAUGUUAAUCAAGAAAGGACAUUAUUUGUAAAGGGUAUUCUGCUCUGGUUUUUCUGGUGGUGUGGCUGAAAUGCAGAAGUUUCUUAUUUGGGACAUAUUUCUGCCAAACUUAAGAAUCGAAGGGCACAAAAAAAUUUUUUUUUAAAAAUUUACAAAUACAAGAGCUGCAUAAAAAAAAAAUCUUGUUGCUUCAAGACCAUAGCUAAUUAUGGUUUAGUUGUGCACUAUUGUGAAAAGGAGCAAAGUAGCAUCCUGGGGUUUUUUUUGUUUUGUUUUUAAGAGAUAAAAAUCUUUCUGGACAAGGGUUUAUUGGCUUCUACUGUGAGUAUCCAUCAUAUGUGUAGGAGCUCUGAUGUAUAAUGUAACCAAAUUCCAGUAUUAAAAAAACCUCUCAUGUCAAUUUUGUUUAUAUAAAUCAAAAUACCUUUGGCAUAUAUUUGAUAACACUGCCAUUAUGUGGCAAAAUGUUUACUACCUUAGUUUCAAAAGAAAUCUUUAGAACAGAAGACUUGCUUUAAGGUAUGUUUAAAUAGCAGUGAUUCAGCUUAUUAAAAAAAUAAUAAUACUUGCACUAAUGUCUCUGCUGCUCUGAUUCUGCAGUUUAUUAUAACUUAUGGCUAUAUUUUUUUUCAAGUAUAAGUAGGUGUAAGCUGCUAUUUUUUAUUAAUCACUACUAUAUUGUCCUUUAGUCUGUUUACGAUAUCAAGUAUUUUUCUCAACAGAUAGCAAACUUUUGUUAUGCUCACGUGACUAGGGCAUACCAAAAUUUCUUUUACAAGUUCAGCACAUCUUGUUUGUGUGUGCUGUUGAAAGGGGUCACUUCAAGUUUCGUGCCAGAUUCCAAGGCUAUAAAUUUCAAAGAGUAUAGUUGUUAAAUUUAUGUCACAGAUAUUUUAAUUAAGGAACGGCUUCUAUCACAAAGCUUUGCAAUGUUAACCAUUUUAUAACACUAUUUCAAUCACUAAUAAUUUUGUGACUAUUAUUGCUUUAAAAAAGUUAAUCUACUUUGUUCUUAGUUUAGGCAUAUAUUGAUUUAACCCAAAUAAUGCAGCUUUUUUGCCAUUGAUUUUCUGCUAUUUUUACAAACUGAUAUGACUUGAAGCAAGUCUUCAUUUUGCUAAGGUAGGAUAGCAUUGGCCUUUGGUAAAGAGAAUACACUUAAUUCCACAUUCAUUGUUCUGUGUACCCCGAUUAUUAGUGGGGAAUCUAUUCUGAAUCGCAGAAUUUUUUUUUAAAAUUCAUAUCCAGAAAGGCAGUCAUUCAUGAUGGUUCUGUGCCAGCUCUUUUUAGGGUUUUGGAACAUGCGACAGAUGUCUAGAACAAUUAUCUUGUGAGUUAUGUAGGAAACCUCAUAGACUGAGUAUCUGGCACUUGGACAUCUUGCUUUUAUUGGUGGAGGUCUGUGUCUAUGGCUGACCUCUGUUGUUGUUUAAAAAAAAGUAAAAAAUAAAAAAAAAUCUGUGCAAUAAUUUUUAAAUGUGGUCCCAGGAAUAGACACAAAUGUUUUGAAUAUGUUUAAGCUGCGUUUUCCUUUAGCGAUGCAUUUGUCAAUUGCACUGAAUUUAAAUCUGAAAGUCAGAGGUGAUUAUUGAUAGUACUUUUGUAUUUUGAUAUGGACAAUUUAUCAUUUGCAUACAGUUAUUGACUGGUUUUUUCAGCCGAUUAUAAAAAGAUAGUCAAGGAAUUCUGCAAUAUGGCUGCCAGAAUAGACAGCUGCAUUUUUAUGCUAUUGUUAUUUUUCCUUUUUUGAUCUUUGGCUAUUUUCCUUACAAAAAAAAUCCAUAAUAGGAACCCUACACAGUUAUAAAUACAGAGCUUUAUUACCCUGAAGUCUUGUCUUACUGAGAGGUAUCCAUGUAGUAGGCCUGGGCUCUUAAUGAACAUUGGAUUAUUUAUUUAUUUUUUGCUGCUGUUCUCAAUAUCAUCAUUGCCUGCUGAUGUGCCACGAUGCUGCUCCUAAGCUGUUUAAGAAAAAAAAAGGUCUAGAGCAUAAAUAUACUGGCCAGAGACGAAGUUUCACAGCCUUGUGAAGUACUGUAUUUAUGGAGUUCCUGGUUUGUUUGUUUGUCUCCCCCCUCCCCACCCCCCAACAUUUUCCCCAAGGGCUGACAAUUGAAAUGUUAAAAUGUUAGUAGUUCUUCUAGAGAGAUACGAUCAUACUAUGAUCUGAGUAGGAUUUACACUCUGAUCGUUUUAGUAUAAGCUAUGCUGAUGAAUUUGUUAUCAUGGGGAAGAAGGAGCUGAAAACUUGGGGCACUAAUUUGUUGAAGGACAAAGUCAAGUAAGAGGAGCCGUCCUGUUUCCCAUUCAUUCCUACCGCUUACACAGGAAUCUCAUUGUUCAUAUCCAUGUAGGGAAGGAAGCCACGUUUUCAUGUGUUUGUCCCCUUUUCUAUUAAUGUGGAUCAGGUCCCAUGCUUGACUUUCUGAUGUAUUUUAGGCCAUGAUACAUUUUAUGUAGGUCUUAGGUUAUUAUUGAUAAUCCAGUUGUAAUGAGCAGUUCUCUAGUGUUAGAUGUGAUUUAGGAUGAAACAUCUUUUACAAAUACUAAAAGUGCCUCCCUUUGUGGUUUAACAACUAAUCAUGGUGCAAAAUGCAGGAAUCACCGCAUGGAAGAAGUACAGGAAGGUUUCUUGCUUUUUGACAUGUAUAGAUGUCAAGAGAAAGGCCAAAGAUUUGUGCUGAUUUCACUUCACUUUUAAAGCACUCCUUUUUUCCUUUCCCUGCUUUAUGUCAAAAUAGAUUAUUUAAUGAGAGAUGACUAUUUUUGAGGAGCUAGCUUUGUUUAGGUAGAAUGGUUUGGUUGAGGGUAUAAUUAUAGUUGUGGCAUAGACAGGCCUGGUGGGCCAUAUGUGUCCAGGGCUCUGCAGAGGGAUUCUCUGUGAAUUGCAUGGAGUUGAUGUGGGCAGAGGGGAAUGGGGGGUUUCACUAGAUGAGCAGAAACGACAUCUCAAAUAUUGCUCGGUGCCAUUUACUCAAUUAGGAGCAGUGCUCUUUUUCCUCAGCUCAGGGCAUGUCAUGUUUCUCUGCGUAUCCUGUGUUCUGCUCCAGUGUGUUGCAGACAGUAUUUAGGUGACGGAUAAUCACAUACUACUAGUAGGUCACAUCUGAAAGUUCCCAGGAAACCCUCUUUUUGGUGGACCAACAUUGUGGCAUGGCAGCAAAUGCCCAUAUUUAGGGAACAGCAGCAAAUCAACAAGAGACCCUGAAAGUUUUCUCUGGGGGUGGAAGGGGGGGGAGGGACGUUAGGAAUGACCUUCUCUUCCAGUGAUAGCUCUGAAGUAUCACAAUUCAGUAUCAGGAGUUUCUUUCUUAAACAUAAAUCUGGUUAAAGGUAGAGAAGAGAAUUUUUUAAGUGAGGAGAAGUUCAAGUUAUGUUGGGGUUUUUUUUUGUUUUUUCCAUACACUGAUUUAGAGAUAGAACAUCUUAGAUCAGUAGUCUGAGGAGGUAUCGCAUUCUGUUUCCGCCUCUAAGUUUACAGUGUUGAUGCAGGGUGACGACUUAGGGCAUGCCUUUUUUCCUAGUAAGCUAUUUCAUAAUGUUUUUUGGAAUUUGUGGGUAAGUUCAGGAAAACAUUCUGCAUGUUGUAUCUAGUCCAGUGUACUACUUAUCCAUUUCUUUCUUUUCUUAAGGCUGCAUUCUGUGGCUCUAUAAUCCUUGAAUACAGAAGUAAUUUUUUUUUUCCUCUCCUGACUUUGACAUUGUAGUUGUAAUGGUUUAAUUUUGAUUUUACAAAUCCUUUGGGUCUAAUUCUGUGAGCCUACCUAUAGCACUGGAUUCGAACGUCUGCAUCAUUUCUUUAGUCAUCCAGUUAACUUACAACUGUUGUCAAAGUGUAAACCAGCCCAUGACAGUUUUUUGUACUUGUUAAAGGACUUUUAUUCAGUUUUCAUGAUUAUUGUCUAAGGAAGACUGAUAGAGAUGUUCUAGGCUGACCUGGCCCAUGUGAAUUACACUUAGGAUGUAUUUGGGUUCUACAUCACAAUGGCUUACCCCCAUGCCCCCAUCCCUCGGAGGCACAUGUCCCUGUUGCAGUUUCCAUUUGCAUUGUAUUGCUCUGACAACUGUAAUUUGAAUCAGAUCUGAAAGAGGUCCAGAAUAAAAUAUAUUUUGAUAUUA